GCCUUGCGGCGGCGCGGCGCGGGCUGCGGGAAUGAGGUAAAGGCGGGCGGGGCGCGCGGCAGGAAGCGGCGAGCGGAGCGCGGCGACCGGGCCCAUGGCGGACACGGCGGAAGCACAUGAGGAGCAUGAUACUUCUACUGAAAAUGCAGAUGACUCUAACCACGAUCCUCAGUUUGAACCCAUAGUUUCCCUUCCAGAGCAAGAAAUAAAAACUCUGGAAGAAGAUGAGGAAGAGCUCUUUAAGAUGCGAGCGAAGCUCUUCCGGUUUGCAUCUGAGAAUGACCUUCCAGAAUGGAAAGAACGAGGAACUGGUGAUGUGAAACUCCUGAAGCACAAGGAGAAGGGAACAAUUCGCCUCCUCAUGAGGAGGGAUAAAACCCUAAAAAUCUGUGCGAACCAUUACAUCACACCCUUAAUGGAGCUGAAGCCUAACGCUGGGAGCGACAGGGCGUGGGUCUGGAACACACAUGCUGACUUUGCAGAUGAAAGCCCCAAGCCUGAACUUCUGGCAAUCCGAUUUCUAAACGCAGAGAAUGCACAGAAAUUCAAGGCAAAAUUUGAAGAAUGCAGGAAUGAAGUAGGCAAGACAGCAAAGAAAGCAGGCACAGACAAAAAUGAUAGUGCUGAUAAAGUUGCUGAAAAACUAGAAGAGCUUUCUGUAAAGGAAGAGAGCAAAGAAUCUGAGAAGAAAGAGACCAAGGAAAAAACUGAAGAAAAGCAAUAAAAUCAUCCUGGGCCUUGCAGUUUUUCCUUUACUUUUUUUCUUUUUUUCUUUUCCUUUUUUUUGUUUGGUUAUUUUUUAGUUUUUACAAGGGACUUUAUAUGGAACUGCAUUCAACAUUCACGUUGUUUUUUCUAGGCUUUUGCCCUUUGGAAGGUGUCUUCAGAAAAAUUCAUUCCCCAGUCAUGAAAAUGUACUGUGCUAACUUUCUUUUCCAUAGUGGAAACACUUAUUUACAGUCAUCCAAAAGAGUGAAUAAAACAAACUUGAAA